UUUUGUUUUGUUCUCUUCUGAUUAAUAUUUCAUUUGGGUUGUUGAUGUUCUUCUUCUUUUGUUCCUAAUUAUCAUUGCCAACUCGCUUGUGUGCGCAAAGUGGAAACUUGUUUGAUUGUAACUGAUUUUGUCCUGAUAGUUGGCACUUCUUCCUCUUCCAUGGGUUCUUUCCUUUGCCCCCUAAAUUAAAUUUUUUCCUUAAAGAAAUAUUUCUGAUUGUCUGGGAUGGUUCUUGAGGUGCUGUUGCUCGUCCUUAUUAUUCCGUCCUCAGUGCCUGUAGCUGCAGGAUAACGGUUCCUAUUGAUUGUAUUGCAUCGACUUACACAUGAUUUAUGAGCUCAACUAUUGCUGUAAACAUCUCUGGUAUUAGAGUGUGAAGUAUCAAAACGACCUGCUUGCUCUUUUUUUUUUUUUAUAAUCCAACAUCAACAUUCUUCAUUAAAUGACUGGUCUUGAUGCCGUAGACUCACUAUAAAAAUAAUGUGCCAUUCAUGUCAGGAAGGAAUAAUGGUAUGGAGAGCCGAUAGAUGGUCCACGUGGUCCCCAUGUUCAUAACAGUCAUUACAUUUUUUGAAUGGAGUAUAUCACAUGAGGGAAUGAAAAAACUGGCCAGACAGGGCAGUCCCUUGGAAGCAAUCCACUUAAUAUUAGAGAGAUACCUCGGAAAACCUUCGUUGUGCUGUUUUAUGUCAAUACCAUGUUUACUAGUUUAUGAAUGAAAGGUUUAGAUGAAGUAUCAGGAACAUGUCUCCGGAUAAAAUAAUCCCAUAAUUACCGAGAAGCCUUGAUGUUGAUUCGUAGGUGAGAGCGAGGGCACAAUUUUCUUUCAUAAGUUCUAUCUUUUCAGCAAUAGUUGGGUCCCUGAGAGUUCAGAAUUCCAGUUUAUGAAACAUAUCAAUUGAAAAAAUCUCGUCAGAAGGGUGCAGCAAUAUGAAUCACUUGAUCAGAACGUCAUGUACCAAAAACAGUUCGUUUUUUGUGGUUUCUCAUCUGGUAAGAGUAAUAUGAAAGCAAGUGAGAGUGAGACUUUUCUCUUGGCAUCGUGCUCAGAAUUAUCAAAAGGACGCAAGAAGUUACUGGCUGAAAGUUUGGAAGCCAAAGGCCAUCAUAUGGGUGGAACUUUUCUCAAUCAUCAUGCUUAUUUAAAGCAAAUCAUUUUCUCUUUUAUAGUCCUCAUCUUGUUAAACGACAGCCAUUCAUCCAAUGGACCCAACGUUGAAGGCGAGGCUCUCAUUGAAGUCCUGAAAAGCCUCAAUGAUACUAAUCACCGCAUCAGGGAUUGGGAUGACCACCUGGUGAGCCCAUGCUUCAGUUGGUCUCAUGUCAGCUGUCCAUAUGGACAUGUCAAUAUACUGAGCCUCGACUCAAUUGGAUUUUCAGGAACUCUCUCUCCUGCAAUUACCAAGCUAAAGUAUUUGGUCAACUUGGCAUUACAGAACAAUAACCUGUCAGGUGUGCUACCCGAUUUCCUGGGUAACAUGGUGUACCUACAGAAUCUAAAUCUGGCGAAUAACCAGUUCAAUGGAACUAUACCUGCCUCCUGGGGUCAACUUUCCAAUCUAAAGCAUUUGGAUCUCUCGUCCAAUAACUUGAUGGGAAAGAUCCCCAUGCAACUCUUCUCGGUUCCAACAUACAAUUUCACCGGAACAAAACUCAUUUGUGGCUCUAGCUGGGGUCAACCUUGUGUAAAAUCACCGCUUCCAGCUUCAAGUGGAAAGUCGAAACUUGGAGUUGCUGUAGCUUUUGCCAGUUGUGGUGCAUUUGCACUUUUGUGUCUGGGGGCUAUCUUUGCAUACUGGUGCCAUCAAAUGUCCAAGUCCAAACAUGACCUGUUUGUGGAUGUAGCAGGUGAAGAUGAACGAAAAAUUUCUUUUGCUCAAGUGAGGAGAUUUUCUUGGCGUGAAAUUGAACUUGCUGCCGAUAAUUUCAGUGAAAACAACAUAAUUGGACAAGGAGGCUUUGGCAAAGUUUACAGAGGUGUUCUCUCGGACAGUACAAAGGUUGCCGUUAAAAGACUUACCGACCACAACAAUCCUGGUGGAGAGGCUGCAUUCCUGAGGGAAGUUGAGCUUAUUAGCGUUGCAGUUCACCGUAACCUUCUUCGUUUGAUUGGUUUCUGCACAACCUACUCGGAGAGGAUACUUGUUUAUCCCUACAUGAAAAAUCUUAGCGUUGCAUACCACCUGAGAGAUUUAAAACCAGGAGAGAAAGGGUUGGACUGGCCAACGAGGAAGCGCAUAGCUUUUGGAGCGGCUCAUGGCUUGGAGUAUCUUCAUGAACAUUGUAAUCCUAAGAUUAUACAUCGUGAUCUAAAGGCUGCAAAUAUCCUCUUGGAUGACGAUUUCGAAGCCGUUCUUGGUGAUUUUGGACUGGCUAAGCUGGUUGAUCCAAGAGUGACUCAAGUUACUACACAAAUAAGAGGUACAAUGGGUCACAUUGCGCCAGAGUACUUGUCCACUGGAAAGUCAUCAGAGAAGACAGAUGUUUUUGGCUAUGGUAUAACACUUCUCGAACUUGUAACUGGUCAGCGCGCGAUUGACUUUUCUCGGCUCGAGGAGGAGGAGGAUGUUCUUUUGCUUGAUCACAGCAAGAAGCUGCUGAGAGAAAACAGGCUCCAAGACAUGGUAGAUCGCAAUCUGUCUAUGUAUGAAGCGAAAGAAGUCGAGACCAUCAUCCAAGUGGCAUUGCUUUGUGCACAAGGGACCCCUGAGGACCGUCCCACAAUGGCAGAAGUUGUAAACAUGCUUCGAGGGGUUGGCCUAUCAGAGAGAUGGGCUCGGUGGGAGCGACAUGAAGAGGAAAGGAACAAGCAAUCCUUGUUCACGUCUCACCCUUUCCCUUGGGCUGAAGACACCACUCAACUCGAAGCCAUCCAAUUGUCGAAAGCAAGGUAGGACCGGUUUUGAACAGAACCUUUCAAGUUAGAAAAGAGUAGCAACAUAUCGACCAUUAUAUGGUAAAUCGAUAUACAGAUCCCGGGAGCAUAAUGUCUCAAUUUUGUCGUUUAUUGGCUAGUACCUGCAUGUGCUAGAAUUUCUACCCGAUACAAUAGCAUGUCUUCAUGAAUGAUCCUAGUAUGUUUGUUUAGCGCAUGACAAAACACUGCCUUUUUGCCACUCUUUGGUGUUGCUAAUAGUGAAGUUACCGUCUAGAGGAAACAAAAAUGGAUAUGCUUCCAUUUGCAUCAGGAGUAUGUACAUUCUUUUUGCCA